AUGAAAUACGUCGACAAUGCUGCGCCUGUUCACAUCCUAACGGCUAAAUCCUCAUAUGCUUUUGAAAUUUCAUUAGGGCAAAAUUGGAAUAAUGCAGUUCACCUUCCAUCAGUCCACUCUCUGCUUACUGCCAUUGGGACUUCCUCUCUCUAUCCUCAUCACCCUCAAAUUGCUUUCCCUAAAAUUACACUUCACAUAUCUCCGGCCAUGCAAGAUUUCAUAGGCUCCGUCCGCCGAUCUCUCGUUUUCAAGCCUUCAGGUGAAGAUCCCGCCGGAUUUGGGGGAUUCGUUGAGAAAAUCGGGUCCAGCAUCAGGAAAUCGCGAAUCGGAAUAUUCUCCAAGCCUCCUGUUCACGCGCUGCCGCCGAUUUCCACUCCACAGCGGGGUACAGUUAGGGCGCCGCCGCCACCAAUGGAGGAGGAGGCAUUACCACCGAUGGAAGGAACAUCGGAAGAUGAACCACGAUUUAAAAGGGAGAGGGCUGGCGUAAUGCUGAACUCGAGAGCGGUCAAAGAGGAAGAGCCAAAGAUGAAGAAGGAGGUUUCCCUGCCACCUCCGAUCCGGUGGAGGAAAGGAGAAUUGAUCGGGUGCGGAGCAUUUGGGAGGGUUCACAUGGGGAUGAACCUCGAUUCAGGAGAAUUGCUUGCAGUCAAAGAGGUUUCUAUUGCGGCGAAUAAUUCUUCAAAGAAAACACAAGAAUACAUUGGGGAGCUUGAAAAGGAAGUGAACCUCUUGAAAAAUCUGUCACACCCAAAUAUUGUGAGGUACUUGGGAACUGCCAGGGAGGAGGAUUCCCUGAAUAUAUUACUGGAAUUUGUGCCAGGUGGAUCAAUUUCGUCGCUUUUGGGAAAGUUUGGGUCCUUUCCAGAAUCUGUUAUAAGAAUGUACACAAAACAAUUAUUAUUAGGAUUGGAGUACCUGCAUAAGAACAAAAUUAUGCACAGAGACAUAAAGGGAGCAAAUAUUCUUGUUGACAAUAAAGGCUGCAUUAAGCUUGCUGACUUUGGAGCAUCCAAGAAAGUUGAAGCAUUGCUCAGCAGAUAUAUGGAGCGUAGGAUGCACUGUUAUUGAAAUGGCUACUGGGAAGGCUCCUUGGAGCCAGCAGUAUCAGGAGGUUGCUGCUCUGUUUUAUGUUGGAACUACCAAAUCUCACCCUCCAAUACCUGAACAUCUUUCGGUUGAGGCAAAAGAAUUCCUGUUAAAAUGCUUGCAAAAGGAGCCGGACCUGAGGCCUACUGCAUCAGAGUUGUUAAAGCAUCCGUUUGUGACUGAAGAAUGUCGGAAAUCCCACCUCGUACUCCGAUCUUCACUUGUGGACAGUUCUGGAAAGCGGAUGGUAGCACAUGGGCAGGAUAUGAAAAAAUCACUGAACCUAGAUGCAAGAAGCUCAUGCAAGGGACUUAAAGAUUUCAGUGAAUUGGGUGGUCCCAGUUGUUCCACCAUUCGUCCUGAACAGCUUUCAGGACGAGAAUCUCUAUGGCAGCCCGCUAAUUUUGAUGACGAUGAUGAUAUGUGUAUAAUUGAUGACAGUGAUGAUCUUGUGCUUUGUGCAUCCACAAAAUUCAAGCAUACUCUUCUUUCUGCUGAAUGUAAUCAGAGUUUUAAUCCUAUGAGCGAGCCUAAUGAUGACUUGCCAUGCAAGUUCGAUGAAAGUCCUGAAUUGACUAAAAGUGGAAUCACACUUCUCUCGAGUCAGAUUGAUGAACCUGUAAAUGGAUCUAUAGCACCCGCUGAUGUGGAUUGUGGCUUUACAUUUCCAAGAGAUCAGUUGCUUCAUGAAGACGAUGAUGAAGUAACAGAAUCAAAGAUUAGGGCAUUCCUGGAUGAAAAGGCUGUGGAACUGAAGAAGCUCCAAACCCCUCUUUAUGAGUUCUACAAUUCCUUGAAUGUCACUCGUAGUGUAAGCUCUGUGGGUAUUGGCAACAAGGAAAACAUUUCGAGUAACUGCAACUUACCUCCUAAAAGUAGAUCCCCAAACAAGAUGGGCAAUAGAAGAUUUUCCACUGCUGUUGUUGAUGUUGAGUACACCUCAAGUCCUGUAAGACGUGUAUCAAAUAUUGGUGAUGUAAAUUUCCGAGCUUCUGAGGACACUAAAGAGAUGCCUCUUGAUUAUCAACAAGAGCCACUUACUCCCAGCAGCAAGUUCUCCGAGAUACAGAGGAAAUGGAAAGAAGAACUUGAUGAAGAACUUGAAAGGACUAGAGAGCUCAUGCGCCAAGCAGGUGCAGCUAAAACAUCAUCUCCUAAAGAGAGGAUUUUGAGUCGACAAAAAGAUCGACUAAGGCUUGCGUCUCCAGGGAGAUAAACGCUCAAUGAGUUUUGAGUUUACGACUCCACUAGUAAAGUGACGGGUCUCUGAGUAUACCAGUUUUUUCUCAAGUGCCGCAUAUCAGGUAGAAGUAUUUCACAUUUUUCUUUUCAUAUUUGUGCAUAGAGGUGUGGUGGUGGUUUCGGAAGUUUCGCGCAGUCAUAAUUGCUACAUGGUCAUAAUAUUCAUUCGUCAAAACAAGAUGACCAACCGAUUUGAGUAAUUGUGGUUCAACCAAGGAAUAAGAAUGAACAAAAUUAUAAGAAACCCUCUAUGAAGCUGAAGGACUUGGAGUCUGGUUCAUGCAGCGGAAAAACUACAUUGGAAUGAUUUUGGGGUUUCGGUGCACGUGUAUCAUUUUGUCUACAUUUCUAUACCUUUUUUUCCCCUUUUCAACUCGUAUUUUUAUGAGUUUGGCUUGACCAAAUAAUUACUUGGCUGCUCUUUGUAAGAUGACUAAAUUUCUUUGUUAUUUUCAGUAUUUUCAAGUUUCUUGGUCACGGGCUGGAAAUGUUUGUUAUUAGAAUGACUUUUGUAUAGAGAGAUUGUGUAUCUGUACGGAGUUUUUCACCCUUGCUCCCUUGAUGGACUUUGUCAGCUUUUGCUAAUAUCAAAUGAUCGAGUUUUUGAGACAUA